AUGCCCUACGGCGGGCGACGCUCGAGCGGCGCACGGCGGACGACGACAUCCCAGAUCCGUGGAUCCCAGUCGACACAACGAAAACCGUUCCCUUCACGCAACAGGUGUCGCGAGGAAGUGCGCGACGCAACCCUACGGACAGGAAACACGUCUCCCGGCCCCGACAGCAUCACGGUACAAAUGCUCAAGGCGGUAUGGCGUAUUAUCGGAAGCCACGUCCAGCGGCUGUACGAAGGCUGCCUCACCAUCGGCCAUCACCCGAAGCCGUUCAGAGAGGCCGAAGUAGUCAUGAUAACAAAACCAGGCCGAAGGAACCUCUCGACCCCUCGUGCCUGGCGACCCAUCUCCCUACUGUCCUGCCUAGGCAAAGGUCUCGAGCGGCUCAUCGCACGGCGCCUGGCAUGGGCCUCCGUCCACUACGGAGUCCUCCAUUCACAACAAGCUGGCGCUCUCCCGAAGAGAUCUGCCGUUGACCUUGUUGCCGCUCUGCUGCAUGACAUUGAAGAGGCGUUUGCCCGCGGACAAGUUGCCACGCUGAUCCUUCGCCUCCGGAAGCCGAAGGGCGCUUCGGCUACGCAGACGACACGGGUAUCCUAUGCAUAG